ACUCAUUCAAGGAUUUGCUGGUUCUAAGGUCUGCAUACUGGGAUAGUGAUUCAGAAGCGCACUUUGUCAACAUGCUGGAGAACCGACACCCCCUGCAUGUGAAGCUCAUUGGGCUCAUCAGACACAAGAAGUGCAAGACCUACCUGUUAUCUGUUCUGUGGUCUGAUGGAAAUGAAAUCAUUGUGUACAGAAGAUUUUGUGAUUUUCGAAAGCUACAGAAAGCACUCCAGAAGAAAUUUGCUGCAGCUUCAAGGCUUAAGAAGUCAGAAGAAAUUCUUCCCAGACUUAAAGAUGCCCCUCUAAAAUUCAUCCGAAAUAGGGAAGAAAGCAGAUGCAUGCGAAGGCUGAUAUUAUUAGAGAAGUACUGCACGGAACUUUUAGAUAAAGAAGACAUCUCACAGUGCGACCAUCUGAUUCAGUUCUUUUUGCCUCAGGCUAAUGAUCUAGAACCUUCAUUCCCUAAAAACAGUUUCAUCAUCUUGCCAUCUAUGGUGGAACCAGAGGAUAAUGAAGUAAUGAAAAAAAGAGAUAGCGUUUCAUCCAUUACGCAGCCAUUAGUUUCUGAAACAUACAUCUGCAAAGAUUCGUAUGACGCAAAGGAUGUUAAGAACAGGCCAUUUAAAGUGAAUAAAAAUGAUCGUUUGGGUGUAUUGAUUAAAGAUCCAUCUGGUUGGUGGUUAGUAGAAAAUGAAGAGAAGCGCAUAUCUUGGUUUCCUGCUCCCUACCUGGAGAAAUGUACUGCAGAAGAAGAAGAAGAUGAAGAAAAUGAAGAUCCGCAUGAUGUUUUCCUAUACUAUGCUGUCAGAGGUUAUGAAGCCAAAGAGAGUGAUGAAGUUUCCCUAAACAUUGGAGCAGUUGUUGAAGCUCUUCAGAAAUCAGACGACGGCUGGUGGCUAAUCAGGUACAAUGGAAAAGUUGGCUAUGCACCAUCGAUGUAUCUCCAAGUCUACCGUAAUCCUCACAUGAAGUUCCAGAUAUUACAGCAUAAGGAAAUGUAUGCAUCAACCCCUAACCUAACCAGUGCCAGAAAUAGUGUGCAGAUAGACUCAUUUCCUCUGAAACAGCUGCGUAAAAUUUCAUCAGAUGAUCAAAGCAGCACAGCAAACACCAACAGCAAAAAUCUGACAAACCUGUCAAGGCAAAGAUCAAAAUCUUUGGGUUCUUUUCUAGGCACAUGUGAAAUGCAUGUACAGGACUUCCAAUCAAAUAAAACAAGCCCUGAGAAUCUUAGUUUAAGUUCAGACAGCACUAAUUCAAGUAGUUUCAGCACGUCAGAAGCAGGAAGCCCAGAAAAUUUACUCUGUGUACGUUUUAGUGACUUUGAGGAUGAGAUACAAAAACAUAACAGCUCUAAGAUGAAUUCAAGUGAUACCACACUUCAAGUACUGUCAUCAGCUGACAGUUCUGAUUCACAAACUGAUUCCACUUUUCUUUGCCAGAAAACACCACCUAUACCCCCACGACCCGCUAUACAGGAAAUACUGAAAACAUGUACUAUGAUCACAAGACAAGCUGCCCAAAAGAAUAUGUAAUGUAAAAACUCUUCAUUAUGCAUUAUAUGCUAAUUUAAUGUAAAAAGUAAAAACUCUUCAUGUUGUAUUAUGUGCCUAAGUAACUAGGGAGGCACUGGUCUCAGACUGCAUCUCCAUCUUUUCAACCUAAACAAAAAUGUGAAAUAUUUGAAUUUCAUUAUUAACAGUUUUUACAAGCACUGUGGUACAACUUAAAUUUAUGUACACUGCUGCUGGUAGGAGAACUUUACAAUUACAUCACUGAAUGUGGCAAGGCUAUAUAAAUAUGGCCAUUCUUAAGUUUUAUGGUAAGGAAUUAAUUUCAUCAAGUAAGAAUGUGAAAAUGUAGAUGUUCUAGAUCAGCUACAUUAACUAGGAUUUUUAUUACCAAACUGCACAUAGAUAGCAUUCCAACUAUUCACAGUGAUGAUCCGUGAACAAUGAAGCCUAGCAAACUACAUCCAUGAUACAAUCAGAACUUAACAUUUUAAUAUAGCCUGGUCAUUGAAUGCUUAGACUUCCUAGAAAUAUACAAGUACAGUUUGAUUUUUAUAUGUGACGACAACACUACUGCUGUGUAUCUGUUAUUGUGUUUUUUCACCUUUGUUUGGUGUGACUUUGGAGUAAAUCCUAGCUUCAUCUGCAUUCCUGCUGAACAGCUAUUUACAUUUUUAGUGCAUGGCUAUCUAAGUAGUUUUACUUGUAACUGCCCACUCUGAAAAUACCCUGGCUAGUGAUUAAAUAUAGACAGGUGCAUAUAUUUGUGAGACUGAUGCAUUCUUCUGGAAGUCACAUAUGCAGUUUGUGUUUCUCUUACUUUGUAAUUGUGUAGUUUGUUUUUGGGCCUGAUAUCGUUGUAGGCACACAACUAUAAACAACCCAUUUUUACUUACAUUCAGUCAUCAAGCCACAUACAGGGCUCAUUGUGUCUUUUGAGUAGUUGGUAACCUUUGCCCCAACAUACCUGUAUCUUUGGCAUUUUAUGCAAUUGAAUACGUAACCUUAUACACAGCCAAAGUUGUCACACACUGUAUACUGUAUCAAAGCACCUGUACUGAAGAAAGACUGCACCCUGACACACAGCAUCUGCAAAACAUCCUGCAGCAUUUUUUAGUAAUGUGACACAAUGUGAUAGUACAUUUUGCUCCCAUUUCCUGGUGGCAUUCAAGAUUUCAGUGUGCUGAGUUAGUAGACAUUAAGGGCCUUUCUCAGCAUCUGUAUUUCAUCAUUACCUGUUACCACCGCUGUACUACAGGGAAGGUUUGCAAACUGAUAUAACAUGACAGCUUCAUAACUUAAGCUCAGAAAGAAGCCUAAAGUUGUUAAAUAUUUUCUACUACAUACAGAGUUAGCACAGACAUUGUGUAAACAUCACAUUCAGGAAAAUUCCCACCUGAUUUUAAGAAUGCUAGGGUUUCUUGUUCAUUACUAUAAGGUAGUUCCUUUGGUCACCACAAAAGUGCUUCUUCUGAAAAUACUGUUACAGUUUUAUUUAUUUUCUUUAAUAGGCAAUUACAAAUUAUUUUUUCGUAACAGACUAUAACGCCUCAUUAAUAUUUAUUCAUACUUAGUUUUCAAACAAAGUUGUAAACACUCUAGAGAAAGUAUGGCCAUGGAAGAAUUGUAAAUGGUCUAAGGAAGGGAAUAUGUGUAUCACAAUGUUUUUUGUUUGUGUAAACAUAAUAGGAUUUGGCAGGAGAUGAUUUGCUGAUUUUAAAUGUCACAAUCUGUUAGUGUUACACAUAGCUGAUGUUCAUAUAAUUUUAGAAACAUUUAAGAGGCCUUUUAGUACAAUCAUUCAUGCUGCAGCAUUCAAAUAUUUAGUUAUCUUUCUGUGUUCAGCUGCCUUUUUUAUUUAUUUACUAGUGCUGAGUAUAUUGUAUAAAUACUUGUAUGAAGGACUACUUACUUGAAGGUUAUCUCUAUAAUGUCUGCAGACUUGAAAAGUAUUUUAUUUAAUUGAACUUUUUGUUUGAAAGGUUGCAGUGAAUAUAUUUAAAUUAUACAUAGUGUGUGAGUUUAUCUAUUUUAUUUAUACAAUGUAGAUUUUUUAUGUUUUUGUAUUUUUUUAAAUAAAAUUGUACAAA